GCUAGCAGCUAGCUAGUACUAGUAGCUGCGUGACCACUGCCAGCAUCUGCUCGACUCGAUGAACUGUGCAAACUGCAAUGGACUUGCUUGCUUCAAUCUUUGCUGAUGUGCUUCGCGUCUGACGCCGCACAUUGCCCCCGCCCAGCAGUUGCCGAGCCGCGGCAUGGCGGCUGCCCGCUGGACCCCCCCGUCAGCGUGCUGCACGUUGGAGGCCCCGCAAUGAGCUUCCACAGGAGGCAGGAAGCGCCAAUGCUGGCACAGCCCUCCGCAGCUCCCCUCCAAAACAGGUUUGAGGACAUUCAAACACCCCUCCUUCCCCCUCUGCAAUCGCCCCUGCCCCGCCUCUGGGGCUUGGGCCUUUUUGGGCUGCUGCUGGCCCUGCUGCUGCCCCUGCUCCUGCUGGACCCCCUGCCCCGGCCCCUCGCGGGGCUGCCCGCCUGGCAGCUGCGCGCCGCGGCUGCGCUGCUGCUGCUUGGAGCUACGGGCUGCCUGGAGCGCCACCUGAUCUCCCUCCAGAAGCAUGUCCGCCGCCAGGGCCACCUGGGGGCCUACCGCCGCCUCAAGCCGCUCAGCCGCCUGCCACUGCUCUUGGCUACAGCAGGGCUGGCGGGCCUGCUAGCAGUGGUGGUGGGGUCUGCGGGGCACCGUCGGGGUUCCGAGUGGCGGGGGCCAGCCGUGAGGUCCAUUGUGGGUGCAGAGGUGCUGCUUAUUGCCGCCGCUGUGGCUCGCUACACUGCGCUCCUCCUGCAGUUGCCGCAGGGUGUUCCCGCCCCAGACACGGCCUCCUGCCUGCACUCCCCUCUGCAGUCGCCGCUGGCCCCAUCCGUCGCCCCGCACGUGCCCGCCGCUGGCGCUGCCUCUGCCUCGCAGAGUGUGCUCGACCAUCAGGCGGAGCUCCUUCGCUUCCACCAGGAGCGCAUACAUCACCUGGCGGCAGAGGUGGUGCGGCUGCAGGAGGGUCUGGCGACCGCCGGCACGCGGCCUCCGCUGGCGGGGGGGCCCACUACGCAGGCGGACCUGGAGUACGGGCUGGCCACCCGCGAGCAGGAGCUGCGCACCGUGGCAGCAGAGCGGGACGUGCUGGCCCGCGAGGUGCGCGGCGUGCGGGCGGUCCUUGCGGAGGCGCAGGCCGAGCUAGCGCGCCUGCGCUCCGCGUCAAAGCAGCAUGUCGAGGAGAACGCGCGGCUGCGGGCCAUGCGGGACGAGUGGAGUGCACGCAGUGCCAAGCUGGAGCAGACCCUGUUGCAGGUGCAAAGAGGCACGGGCAGCACAUGAGAGGAGGGGACCGACACCGGCGGUGCAGCCGAGUCAGCACGUCGCAAGCAAGUGCCUGGCUGAAUCUUGAAGCACCUCACAGCGAAAUUGCGCUUUCUUGAAGAUGACCUCAUGUGCACGUAAUCAGCAACCGUCCUAGUCCUGUAUGCGCUGCCAACUCAAGGUCCGAGUUGAAUUCGGAGCCUAUUUGGCUAACUGUGCUGAGGUUGGCUAGCUUGGCAUUCUCAUUGUGCGGCGCCAACUCAAAUGGAGUAUGAUGGAGCCUUACCUUUUGGGAUGAUGCCAGCAUGCCGUAUUGGUUGGCAACCGAGAGGUCUGUGCCGAGAAGAGGCACAUAGGUGAAAGUGUCGUUUGGAUGUAUAAUUGUGACAAUGAAGACGCAGUGGUUGCGAGCAAAACAUAUCCGUAUCAGAAUUUACCCAGCC